AUGAAAGAUGAAGGGGCCCGGGUGAGUUGGGAUUUGGUGUGUAGGCCUAACCAUGAAUGGGGUUUAAGGUUGCAGAAUCUUAUUGAUUGGAACAAGACAAGUAUGUUUCAGCAUGUGUGGGCUUUAGUUUCUAACGUGGGGACCCUUUGGGUAAGGUGGACGAAUGAGUAUAUUUUGAAAGGAAAGUCUUUUAUGGCUUUUGAGCCUACUUCUUCCUACAGUUGGUUUUGGAGGAAGAUUCUGAAGUUGAGGGCUGUUGCGGGUCAGUUUUUGGAUCCUGCCUCAGGUGGUUUUUCUGGGCAGUACAAGGUCAAUGAGGUUUGGAAGGUGAUCCGGAGGAAGUACGAGAGGGAGUCUUGGGCAGGGCUAAUUUGGUUUCCUUUGCACAUUCCCAGGUUUGCUAUGAUCACUUGGUUUGCGCUUUUUGACAGAUUGCCUACUAGAGAUCGAUUGUUAAAAUUGGGUUUGGUUGUCGCGAGUGAAUGUGUUCUAUGUUCCAGUGAUUUGGAAACAAGGGAUCAUUUAUUCUUCAAUUGUGUGUUCUCUAAGGAGGUUUGGGGUGGCAUUCUGCAAAUAUGUAAUCUUUCAAGGUCCGUUGGAGGCUGGAGCCAAGAGGUUUUGUGGGCUGUGGCAGAGCUUAAGGGUAGGUCUUUAAUUAUUACUUUGCUUAAGCUUGCUGGGAAUGCUUAUGUAUAUAGGAUAUUGAAUGAGAGGAACUGUAGAGUUUUUGGUGGGUCUAGGAGUACUGUGGGAGAUCUGAUUUGCAGGAUAAUGGAGGAUAUUCGGUUUCGCCUAGUGGGAUCGGCAAUAAGGGGUGCUGGGCAGAAUGCUGAUAUAUGUGUCGAAUGGGGUAUUGGUUGA